UUUAAAAACAAGAGGGCGGGUACCUCGGCCAUUCUCUUAACAAAGAGAGAGAAACGAAACGCACAACCCAAAUAGUUUCUUCCAUUUCCAUUCGAAGAAAGCAAUAGAAAAUGGCAGAAUCUGAAGAUAUCCAGCCCCUUGUUUGUGACAAUGGUACUGGAAUGGUCAAGGCUGGAUUUGCUGGAGAUGAUGCUCCAAGGGCUGUAUUUCCCAGCAUUGUAGGUCGUCCUCGUCACACUGGUGUGAUGGUUGGUAUGGGUCAAAAGGAUGCCUAUGUAGGGGAUGAGGCUCAAUCGAAGAGAGGUAUUUUGACCUUGAAAUAUCCAAUUGAGCACGGUAUUGUAAGCAAUUGGGAUGACAUGGAGAAGAUCUGGCAUCACACAUUCUACAAUGAGCUCCGUGUGGCUCCGGAAGAGCAUCCAGUUCUCCUGACAGAAGCACCCCUUAACCCCAAGGCCAAUCGUGAAAAAAUGACUCAAAUUAUGUUUGAGACAUUCAACACCCCGGCUAUGUAUGUUGCAAUCCAGGCUGUCCUUUCCCUAUAUGCUAGUGGGCGUACAACUGGUAUUGUUCUCGACUCAGGGGAUGGUGUGAGCCACACAGUUCCAAUUUAUGAAGGGUAUGCCCUUCCACAUGCCAUCCUUCGUUUGGACCUGGCAGGUCGUGAUCUUACAGAUGCUCUCAUGAAAAUCUUGACUGAACGUGGUUACUCUUUCACCACAACUGCUGAGCGGGAAAUUGUGAGGGACAUGAAGGAGAAGUUAGCCUAUAUUGCUCUUGACUAUGAACAAGAGCUAGAGACAUCAAAGACCAGCUCGUCUGUGGAGAAGAGUUACGAGCUACCUGAUGGACAGGUAAUCACUAUAGGAGCUGAGAGAUUCCGGUGCCCUGAAGUCCUCUUCCAGCCAUCCAUGAUUGGAAUGGAAGCUGCCGGUAUCCAUGAAACCACAUACAACUCUAUCAUGAAGUGUGAUGUUGAUAUUAGGAAGGAUCUGUAUGGAAAUAUUGUCCUCAGUGGAGGCUCCACUAUGUUCCCUGGAAUUGCUGACAGGAUGAGCAAAGAGAUUACAGCCUUGGCUCCAAGUAGCAUGAAGAUUAAGGUCGUAGCACCACCUGAGAGGAAAUACAGUGUCUGGAUUGGAGGCUCCAUUUUAGCAUCCCUCAGCACCUUCCAACAGAUGUGGAUUGCAAAGGCGGAGUACGAUGAGUCUGGCCCCUCAAUUGUUCACAGGAAAUGCUUCUAAUCGCGCAAACAAAGCAAGCGGGGAACAAAGAAUCUACACAACAGAUUUUGUAUUACAGAAAGGCUUCUUCUAUUCAAGCGGUUGCGGAAUUUCUUUUUGUAUUCAUUUUCGAAUUUCAUUCAUGUCGAUUUCUCUGUGUUUGUUAUGACGGGACAUGAGCAUGGAGGCGAGCAAAUUAUGAUUAAGAUUCAAUUUUUUCAUUACUAGUGCUUUGUUGUAGAGAAAUUAUGUAUUGUUACUGAUUUGGUUUGGUUGAAGUCAAAAAUCCCCUUCACAACUC